UUCACCUGCACUCAGUGUGGAAAGAGUUUGACAAACAAAUAUAAUCGUGAUAUUCACAUGAGAGUUCAUACUGGAGAGAAACCAUUCACAUGUGAUCAGUGCGGGAAGAGUUUCUUACACUCAUCACACCUCAAAGAUCACAUGAACAUCCACACUAAAGAGAAACUGUACACAUGUGAUCAAUGCGACAAAACAUUUUUGAGGGCUUCAGUCCUGAGGUCACACCUGAAAGUUCAUACAAAGGAGAAGCCACAUUCAUGUCAUUUGUGUGGAAAGAGCUUUUCACAUCUACAAAGUUUGAAAGAACAUCAGAAAAUACAUACUGGUGUGAGAGAGUACAUGUGCUUUGAGUGUGAGAAGACUUUUACUUCAGCGAGCCAUUUAAAACUGCAUGAGAGGAUCCACACUGGAGAGAAACCUUACAAGUGUUCACACUGUGACAAGAGAUUCAGUAAUUCAUCAAGUCGGAAAACCCAUGAGAGGAUUCACACUGGAGAGAAACCUUACAAGUGUUCACGUUGUGACAAGAGAUUCAGUCGGUCAGCACAUUUAAAAACACACCAGAAGAUUCACACUGGAGAGAAACCGUACAAGUGUUCACACUGUGACAAGAGAUUCAGUAAUUCAGGACAUCUGAAAACACAUGAGAGGAUCCACACUGGAGAGAAACCAUACAAGUGUUCAUACUGUGACAAGAGAUUCAGUCGGUCAGCAACUCUGAAAACACAUGAGAGGAUUCACAUUGGA